GCGAGCGUUGAUUGCACACCUUUUAUUACUUCUCUGGAUUUAUGCACAAAUCCGCAAACGGCAGCGGCAGCACUGGAAAGGUGCCCUAAUAGGUGUGGGGUAUGCAACAGACCAGACCUUGUCACGAACUGUGCCCAGUUAUUACUUCUUUUGAUAUGCACAAAUCCAUACAUGCAAGCGAAUUGCAUGAGAUCAUGCAAUAUUACGACUUUGGACUUGUUAAAAUACGAAACAACAGAGGGAGGGUCAUUAUCAUGCAUGGACAGUCGAGCCAAUUGUGCGCAAAUGUCACCGUUUUGCAAUGUAUCACCAUAUUCUUAUGAGCGAGCAGUGUAG